GCUUAGACCAAUCACUAGGGCACACAUUUUACUAUUGUCUUGUUUGUGGUAGCUUUUCAUUGUAUCUCAUCUUGGCAAGCAGAAGCUUGUUCGCUACUAUUCUCCUGUGACUUUCAUGUACAGCAGUAGUACGGCCAUGAGAGUGCUCCUGCUAACCCUGGGAGCCACGGCCCUCACUAGUCUGGUGGUCAGCAAUGCUUACUUGAAGAAGGAGCAGUUCUAUCCCACUGUAGUGUACCUGCUCAACUCUAACAGGAGUCUGUGUGUGCUCUAUCUGCAGGGAUUUGUGACACUGUAUCUGCUGUGUAGCUUGCUCAAGAAAAUGUUCUUUGGUACUCUCAGAGAUGCCGAGGUGGAGCACCUGAUAGAGAGCUCGUGGUUUGCAGUGCUGGAGACCUUCAUUCUACUAGCUGCCUUUCAUCAGGAACUCAACAUUACAUUUGUGUCCAUGAUCUCAGUGCUGUUUGUUAUGAAGAGCUUCCACUGGCUCGCAGGAGACAGGGUCGACUAUAUGGAAAGGAGCCCCCUCAUUUCCUGGUUGUUCCACUUGAGGGCAGUGACCCUCCUACUGUUACUAGGGACUCUAGACUACCUGUGUAUGCGUAGUGCCUGGAGGAGUAUAGCAACAAAGGGACUGUCAGUGGAGAUUGUGUUUGGACUUGAGUAUGCCAUCAUGUUCUUAAACCUGAUAAACACUCUCCUUCGUUACAUCCUCCACACUAUUGACCUUCAAAGUGAAGACCCUUGGGAGAAUAAAACCAUCUACAUGAGAAUUGUUGACAUUAUACUAGGUUUUUUCAAGCUGAUCAUCUAUGUCAGCUAUAUGAGCUUCAUGCUUUAUGUUUUGUUCAUUCCUCUACACAUUGCCAGGAGAAUCUACAUCACAGCCAAGAACUUUCAGAAGAGCAUCGCUGACGUGAUCUCCUCACACAAAGCCAUCAGAAACCUCAACACACUGUACCCUGAUGCCACUGCCGAUGAACUGAACACAGCUAACAACGUGUGUAUUAUUUGUCGCGAGGAGAUGGCUGAUCGUUGCAAGAAGCUUCCCUGUAACCACAUAUUCCACAUGGCUUGUCUCCGCUCCUGGUUCCAGCGACAACAGACUUGCCCCACCUGUAGAAUGGACGUACUCAGUGAGAGUGCGGUCUCCAGGAUGAACCAGGCGCAGCAGAGGAGAGCCAACAUUAACCAACAACAACCUCCACCACAGCCGGAGGGACAAGGAGGUCUUCCUCCCCCUAAUCUUGGCUUCCCCAUGAUGUGGCCAGGAAUGGUCCCACCUCCUCCAAUGCAACAAAACCAACCACCACAGCCAGCACCAGCGGCCGCGGCUGCAGGACCUCAGCAGCAACCCAGGGAGGAGCAAGAUGGUGGUGGUAAUGCUCCAGCCACAGAAGGUGUUGCUCCAGUGGAUGGUCAGCCAGCAAACAAUGGUCAGAGUGCCAAUGGCCCCGAACCUGGUCAAGGGGCAAACAUGCUGCCUCCAUUUCCACCAUUUAUGGUACCUCCACCGUUUGGGCUCAUGCCGCCACCGUUUGGAGCUGUGCCAUCGUUUGGACCUGUACCACCAUUUGGUGGCAUGCCGAGUGGUGAUGUAAUGGCAGGCCUAACAGACGAGCAGCUGCACUCUCUCGAGGGUAUGGAGAGAGCCAAUGUUGAGGCUCGUGUUCAACUAUUGAGGAAUGUUCAGAGACUGCUAGACUCGGCAGUGACCCAGCUCAACCAGUACUCUGCUGUUAUGGCAACUCUGGGCCCUUCGGCUGGACCUGGUUUCCCUGGUUACCCCCCUCCCCCAGACCACACGGCGGGACCAACCCUCUACACAAGCCAAGCCACUCCCACUCAGAGUCGUCAGAAACCACCAGACACACAAACACAAACUAGCUUCACUGGAAGCUCCUCGAAACUUUCAGAGCUGAAACCUACUUUCUCAUUCUCUAGUGGUAACUUGGAAUCGGACACAGAAGAAAACUCGAUUCCUGAUCCUGGAACGGAAUCGAGACAAGGUCUCAAGAGUGUAGAUAAUUUGACAGAGAGUGAUGUCUCUGAAGAGGUCAAGUCUAAACCGCUGGUUCCAAAACUGGAGCCAUUGGAGCAAGUGGACGAUUCACUUAGCCAAGAAAUGGCUGAUAUCAGACAACGCAGAUUGCAGAGAUUCAACUCAGUACCACAAUCAGGUAGUGUUGUUGCCGUGGAGGACAGAGCUGGAACUAAAGAUAGCGAUGUGGACAAUGUCACGGAGAUCGAUUAGUUAGCAUAAUAUUGUGUUGACUCUGUAUUCAUUACUUACUAGGGUUUAAUUACACGUAUUCAUGCUCCCGAUUUUUGUUUUGCAUUAAACUGUCUGCACCUCUCAUG